AUGAUGGAGAAGAACGAUCCCGCCAUUGGCGUCACCUCGGGUGCCGAGGUCGAUGAGAAUGCACCGACUGAGACCAUUACCAAGUUGCAGCAUCUCAAGGAACAUCACCAUUGGGAUCCCAACUUGCCUCGCGAUGUCGAAGAAGAGCUAGACCAGGCCCUGCAUACCGAUAGCAAGGGCGCCCAGAUCGAGAUCGCCCACGAGCUGCUGGACAACUCCAUCUACCCCGAGGUCCGCGCCGCCGUCUCCAAUGUCGAUGAGGGUGGUCACUCCAAUACCAUCCGCGCCUGGGUGAUCGGUCUGCUCUUCGCCACUAUCGGUUCCGCCUUGAACAUGCUGUUCUCCAUGCGUCAGCCCUACAUUGUCAUUCCUUCCUACAUCGCCCAGGUCGUCGCCUACCCAGUCGGUAAGGCCUGGGAGUUCUGGAUGCCCAACCUGAAGUUCAAGUUCUUCGGCAUUCCCUGCCAGCUCAACCCCGGUCGCUUCAGCAAGAAGGAGCAUGCUCUGGUGGUCAUCAUGGCCAAUGCCACCUUCGGUGGUGGUGCCGCCUACGCCACCGAUGUCCUGCUGGCCCAGCGCGCCUUCUACAAGCAGAACUUUGGCUGGGCCUUUGAGAUCUUCAUGUGUAUCUCGACGCAGAUGCUGGGUUUCGGUUUGGCUGGCUUCUUCACCAAAUACCUGGUCCAGCCCGCAGCCAUGAUCUGGCCCUCCACCUUGAUCAACACAGCGCUCUUCUCCGCGCUGCACGAUUCGACCCUUCCGGACCCCAGCAAGGUCAACGGUUGGAAGCUUGGGCGUUACCGUCUGUUCCUGUACGCCAUGAUCGGCUCCUUCUGUUGGUACUGGUUCCCCGGCUACAUUGCCCCCUUCCUGAGUGUGUUUGCCUGGGUCACCUGGAUCAAGCCUCAGAACGCCGUCGUCAACCAGCUCUUUGGCGGCUGGACUGGCUUGUCCAUGAUCCCCCUCACCUUUGAUUGGACGCAAAUUUCCGGCUUCAACUUCAGUCCCUUGAUUGCCCCCUGGUAUGCCAUGGCCAACACCCUGAUCGGCAUGGUUCUUUGGUUCUGGAUCGUCACCCCGGCGCUGCACUACUCGGGGCUCUACUACUUCAAGUAUCUGCCCAUCAGUGACUCGCAGAGUUAUGACAACACCGCAAGCCUGUACAAUGUCUCCCGGAUCUUAACCCCCCAGUUCACUUUUGAUCUGGCUCAAUACAAGAAGUACUCUCCUCUCUUCUUGUCCACCACCUUCACCAUCAACUACGGUCUGUCCUUCGCUGGUAUUGUCGCGGUCAUCCUGCACACCAUUCUCUUCCACGGAUCCGAUAUCUGGGCUCGCUUCCGCGCGGUGAAUGCGGUCGAGGAUGAAGACGUGCACAGCCGCCUCAUGUCUCGCUUCAAGCCCGUCCCCCUGUGGUGGUAUGCCGCCAUUACCCUGGUCAUGAUCGGCAUGGCCCUAGGCGUGGUGUUGGGUUAUGAGACGCACAUGACCUGGUGGGCGUUCUUCAUCUCCUUGAUCAUUGCUGCGCUUUGGUUUGUCCCCCUCGGGAUCGUCAAGGCUUCGACCAACAUCGACAUUGGACUCAACGUGUUGACCGAGUUCAUCAUUGGUUACAUGCAACCCGGUAAACCCAUGUCGAUGAUGUUGUUCAAGACCUACGGAUACAUGAGCAUGUACCAGGGCAUGUACUUUUCCCAGGAUCUCAAGCUCGGUCACUACAUGAAGAUCCCUCCUCGCGUGACCUUUGCCGCGCAGAUGGUUGCCGGCCUGUGGUCCUCGGUGGUCCAAAUCGGCGUGAUGAACUGGGCUCUGGGUGCCAUCAAGGGGGUUUGCCAGGCUCACCAGCCGAACCACUUCACCUGCCCCAACGGCCGUGUCUUCUUCAACGCCUCGGUCAUUUGGGGUGUCAUUGGUCCGUCUCGCAUGUUCUCCAGUGGCGAACUGUACAACGGCAUGAUGUUCUUCUGGAUUGCCGGUGCCAUUCUCCCCGUGCUCAUCUACCUGGGUGCGCGCUUCUUCCCCCGUUCCGGUAUUCGUUACCUCUCGGCUCCCAUCAUCUUCAGCGGAGCAGGUCUCAUUCCUCCCGCUACUCCCCUGAACUAUCUCGCCUGGGGUAUCGUUGGAUUCAUCUUCAACAAGUGGAUUCGGGACCGUUAUCGCGGGUGGUGGAUGCAGUACAACUACGUUCUCUCCGCCGGAUUGGACGUUGGUCUGGCUCUGUGCACCAUCCUUAUCUUCCUUGCCCUCACCUUGACCAGCACCAAUUUCCCUUCCUGGUGGGGCACCGACAUUGCGGUCAACACCAUGGAUGCCUCCGGUACGGCCAUUCAAAUCCCCCUUGCCGACGGCGAGAAGUUUGGACCGAGUUCGUGGUAA